CACUCCUCCUUCCUCCGGAGGAAACUACUAGAACGGUCGGAGCUUUGUAAAUGAUGGAAAGGAAGAAGUGAUUUGUUGCCGAGGUUGAAACAGGAAGUGUGUCUCCUGUUUCUGUUUUGGUUUGGUUAUUAUUUUAGGGUUUAUUGAGGUAACAGGAAGUUAAUAUACGUGAGUCAGCUCAAACCACAGCUUCAGAUCUCUGGAGGAGAGUUCAGGGAGGGGCUGAUCUGGGACGAGUACAGCGAAUACUUCUACUUUCUGUCUGGACGUCAGCAGACUAACAGCCUCCUCUCUGCUUUAAGCAGGUUUUCUGUUGCUCUAGCAUGGAUCCAGGCCCAAGUUCACGUGCAGAUCUCACCAUCAUGCUUCUGGGACACACCGGAGUUGGUAAAUCUGCUACAGGGAACACCAUUCUUGGACGACCAGUUUUUGUGUCAAAACGAUCCUCCAAAUCAGUGACAACACAGAUCUCUGAACAAAGUGGACCUGUGCUUGGAAAACAGAUCUUAGUGAUCGACACACCAGGAAUAAUUGGGCCUACAAAACAGAUUCAGACCAAGACCUUUCAGACCCUCCAGACCAAGUGCAAGGAACUCCUGAAGUUCCCCGGAUCUCGUUUGUUCCUGGUAGUAAUUAAACCAGAUCGAUUCACCGAUGAUCAUGAGAGAGCUGUGUAUGCAGCUCUCAAAGUCAUUGGAGAAUGUGAGAAACACAACUGUUACCUGCUCUUCACGGGAGGAGAUGACCUCGACAAGACGUCAUUGGAUGAGUUCAUCAAUGAAGAUCCAGAAAGUCGUCUUAAAAAGGUUGUUGACGAGUUUAAUAAGAGAUAUCAUUUGUUCAACAAUAAAACGGAACCCAGGAACAAGUCAGAGAGCUGCUGGAGAAGUCAGGCCACCUCAGAAACGACCCAGUGAAUGAAUUGGGGAAGAAAGGAGGAUGGUGCUGCUCGGUCUCCCUGGAAGAGGGAAGAGUUCAUCAGGGAACACCAUCCUGGGAUCAGAACGGUUUGAAUCAGUCUCUGGCUUUGAAGCAGGCACUACUGAGACCUCCUCCAAGUCAGCCAGGGUGGAGGGUCGCCGGGUCCAAGUGGUCGAUACUCCAGGAUUCACUGGACAGGUUCUUUCUCCAAGAAAGCUGUUUGAAGAGAUCAUGAAGGCGGUAGUAGAGGCCAGUCCAGGACCUCAUGCCUUCAUCAUCGUGGUAAGGUUUGACAGGAUCUCUGAAGCAGACAUCAAACUGUUUAAGAUUCUGCCAAAGCUGUUCAGCAGAGAUGCUUCUAAACAUAUGAUGGUCCUUUUCACUCAUGGAGAUGCACUCAGCGGAAGGUCCAUGGAUGGUUUGAUCUGGUCCAACCAACAUGUCUCGGCCCUGGUCUCCAUGUGUGGGGGUGGAUUCUCUGUGUUUGACAACACAAAGAAAGGAAACAGGGUGCAGGUCAGAGACCUUCUGGAUAAAAUAGAUCAGAUGGUAAAAACUAACGGUGGAGGACACUACACUGAUGAGAUGUUCAAGGAUGGUCCAAGCAUCCCAGUCAAAAUUGCCAUAAGAUGGCGUCAAAUCGGUGAGUGGUUCAGACGGAAGAUCAGGAACCUUGAUAGAAGACGCGAUAGGUAUACUCCUCUUAAUCAACCGGAUACUACUGAGCUCAAUAAAAUGGAUUAGUUUCAGUUAGAUGGGGGUGAGGGAGAGAGUCUUAAGGCCUUCCCAUACCGGGGUGUUUUUCUUCCUGCGAUUAAUUCAACAAUAAAUGAUUGGCAUGCCAGUAUACUUUUCAAACUGUUGUUUUUGUCACAAGUACUUUCCGAAAGAACGUGAAUAUUAAAGCCACGUAAUGUCAUUUCCAAACAAGGUGGAUUCUUUUCUGGCGCGAAUGAAGACAUCAACCAAUCACGUUGCGUUGUUCAUGAAUUCAUCAUACAACACGGAGGCUGUUGCACAUUCUCUCUCUCUCUCUCUCUCUCUCUCUCUCUCUCUCUUCCCACCAACGUUGAUGAUGACCCCGGGCCAAAAUCCAAAACCUGUAUUGAAAACCGUCACUAACUUGCAUCGCUGUGAAUAGUUUUGUAAUUAUUCUGCGUAUUAUUUUCCUUUAUUUGUCUCACCCCUGGUAGCAGUGGGGGAUGCCGUUCCACUGACUACACUGAAAAUCAAAUUAAUAAGACUAAACCGUUUCACCAAAAUAUUGUUCGGAGGAAAAGUACUUCAUGUUUUGGAUUAUAACCCAGGUCAGAUUUUCCUCCAGCGAUAUUUCUUUUCCUGGGACCCCGAUUCUCUCUCUGAUUGGCUAACCCUGGCGUUCUUACCACGACCUAACCCUAACAAGUCCAACCAAAGAAGAGAGUAGUAGAGACUUCUGUGGUUGAAGAUCAGGAAAGAUUUGGUCUGCGUGGAGUUUUUCAGUCUAAAACCAUAUAGACCGUCAUUGUUGCUGAACCAGAACCGGUAGCUCAGAGAAUCUAUCAAAUCCAACUUUUUUUGUUGCUUUAAAACAACCAACGCUGACCAAAGGGCUGUACAGUGUUGAACAAAGGUUCAGUUGAAAACCCCAAAAUAGCAGCUAAUAUAUAUAUAUAUAUAUAUAUAGGUGCUAGGUGUGACCUUUGGCACAUCUGUAAGUGUGCCAAAGGUCACAGAUACUGUAACAGAGGAAAAUACAGAUCCUGUCUUCUGCUGUUGCCACCUGUGUGAUUACGCAAUAGUGGAAA